CAAACAGGAACUCAUGCAAGCAGGCGGUAAUAGUAGGAGCGCUGAAGUGAGCGGUGCAGCCAUAUUUCCGUGCUUCUAGUUCAGCAGAGGGGAGUAUCCGCGGCUGCAGCCUUGCCAUAUAACCAUCUCAUCUCAAAUCACACCUGCUCUGGAAGGCACUGUGGAAACCAUCCGAGGUAUUUGGAAACCAAAGUGACAGCUCCGCGCACAGACCCAGGAGAAGGAAACAAGAUGCCGAAAGCUGUCAAUGUUCGCGUCACCACCAUGGACGCUGAGCUGGAGUUUGCUGUUCAGCCCAGCACCACUGGCAAACAGCUCUUUGACCAGGUAGUAAAGACCAUUGGCUUGAGGGAAGUCUGGUACUUUGGCCUUCAGUAUAUGGACGGCAAAGGAUACCUCACCUGGCUGAAGCUUGACAAAAAGGUGUCGUCCCAGGAUGUGAAGAAGGAGAACCCGCUGCAGUUCAAGUUCCGCGCCAAGUUCUUCCCCGAGGACGUUUCUGAGGAGCUGAUCCAGGACAUCACCCAGAAGUUGUUUUUCCUGCAGGUGAAGGAGGGCAUCCUGAGCGACGAGGUCUACUGCCCCCCAGAGACCGCCGUUCUGCUGGCCUCCUACUCCGUCCAGGCCAAGUUCGGAGACUUCACCCGGGACCUCCACCGUCCCGGCUACCUCACCUCAGACCGCCUGCUGCCCCAGCGUGUUCUGGAGCAGCACAAGUUGUCCAGGGAGCAGUGGGAGGAGAGGAUCCAGGUGUGGCACGAGGAACACCGUGGAAUGCUCAAAGAGGAUGCCAUGUUGGAGUACCUGAAGAUCGCCCAGGACCUGGAGAUGUACGGCGUCAACUACUUUGACAUCAAAAACAAGAAGGGAACCGAGCUGUGGCUGGGUGUGGACGCCCUUGGACUCAACAUCUACGAGAAGGAAGACAAACUGACCCCAAAGAUUGGCUUCCCCUGGAGUGAGAUCAGAAACAUCUCCUUCAACGACAAGAAGUUCAUCAUCAAGCCCAUCGACAAGAAGGCCCCGGACUUUGUGUUCUACGCCCCUCGCCUGCGCAUCAACAAGCGCAUCCUGCAGCUGUGCAUGGGCAACCACGAGCUGUACAUGCGCCGCCGCAAGCCCGACACCAUCGAGGUGCAGCAGAUGAAGGCCCAGGCUCGCGAGGACAAACACCAGAAACAGUUGGAGAGGGCCCAGCUGGAGAACGAGAAGAAGAAGAGGGAGGCCAUCGAGAAAGAGAAGGAGCAGAUGGAGAGAGAGAAGCAGGAGCUGAUGAUGAGGCUCUACCAGUUCGAGGAGAAGACCAAGAGGGCAGAGAAAGACCUUCAGGAGCAGAUGCAACGUGCCAUGCAGCUGGAGGUGGAGAGGAGGAUGGCGGAGGACGAGGCAGCCCGCCUUGAGUCUGAGCGUCAGGCCGCCCUGCUGGCCAAGGAGGAGCUGGCCCGCCACGCCCAGGACCAGAUGCACAACCAGGAGCAGCUGGCCGCGGAGCUGGCCGAGCACACGGCUAAGAUCGCCCUGCUGGAGGAGGCCAAGAGACGCAAGGAGGAAGAGGCCGACACAUGGCAGCACAGGGCUCAGGAGGCCCAGGACGACCUGCUGAAGACCAAGGAGGAGCUGCACAUGGUGAUGACGGCUCCCCCUCCGCCGCCCCCUCCCCCCAUGUUUGUGGAGGUGCCCAUGUUUGUGGACAACCACGAGGUGAUGACUAUGGCGGAAGAGCAGAACGACCACGACAGUGAAGAGAACAACAGCACCGACAGCGCCGACCUGCAGAACGAGGGCUUCAACGACCACCGCUUGGAGGAGGAGCGGCUCACUGAGGCCGAGAAGAACGAGCGCGUGCAGAAACAGCUUAUGGCCCUGAGCUCGGAGCUGGCCCAGGCGCGUGACGACACUAAGCAUACCCAGAACGACCUGCUCCACACAGAGAAUGUGCGCGCCGGCCGGGACAAGUACAAGACCCUGCGGCAGAUCCGAUCAGGCAACACCAAGCAGAGAAUCGACGAGUUUGAGGCCUUAUAAGAGGGCCCUUUUCCCUAGGCCACGAGGGCCUCACAGCCACAUACCCUUUGUGAUUAGUGUCUGAACUAAUCCCUCCACUGCUACACGCACAUGCAGACACACACACAUGCAGACACACACACACAUGCAGACACACACACACAUGCAGACACACACACACAUGCAGACACAGAGACAGACACACAUUUACGUGAGUGCACAAACAUUUGACAUUUUAGUCAUUUAGCAUACGUCUUUAUCCAGAGCGAAUUACAUUAGUGAAUUCAUCACACCUUCAAGAGCAGUAUAAAGAGUGAGUGACACACAUCUGCAUCGCCACUUUUACUACAGUAGUUACUCCUUAGCUCCCUAACUUCUUUAAUAAACUGUCAGGCAGGGGGGGGGGCUUUUCAAAGUCUUGUAAGAGAACUUACUAGUGCCAAAUCUUCUUUCCUUUUAGCAUAACAAAUCUUCUUUGUGUUUUGAUUGUAUGUAAUUUGAUGCGAUCAAAUCAAUCACCAUUGUUUUUAACCAAAGGUGCGAUGAUGAGUAGUGGGACUAAACCCUCGCUUUUGAUGUUUCUUAAAUGCUGUGGAAUGUUGAAAAAGGGCAAUAUGUUGUUUUUCAAAGGGACCACUCAGAAAGGGUAAAAUACAGUAUAAUGAAACUUUUCCUCUUACUCUCAGAAAAGUGUACUAUGUUCUGUUUUUCCGUUAUAUUUUGAACACUUCAUUUAUGUUUAAUAUUGGUAUACAGUAGCUUGCAAAUCAUGAAUAGUUUAAUAUUUAUACGGUAUAUGGAUAAUUUAAUCUUGGUUUGUAUAUUUUUGCUAUUCUAAUGAUCAUGAGAACAUUUUAUAUGUAUCAAAGGUUCUAUAUCGACCAAAAUAAUUGUUUCAUAAGGUUUUCCUUUAGAUCAUUAAAUUAAAGAGAUUUAUUUGUAUAUUAUAACUUGUUUUUAUUAAUUGGACAUUUAAAAAAAUCUCUGUCAAUUUUUUUCUGGGUAUCAAUUGACUGUUUUAAAUGAAUAGCUUCAAAGAUCAAUUUCUCAAGCAACAAUUUUGCUAGGACUGUCUGGGAGUGGUCUGAGUGGAGACCGAAAACCAGCUUUUGGUUUGGAACUCUUUCUUAUUGGUCUAUUAACUAAUUUACUGCUUGGUGAUGUCACCAUGGAAAGGCUCCAUCCCACCAAAAUAGGCUGACAUUUCAGAUGGUCUUUUCAAACUGCUUUCACACUAAAAGGGUAUUAUCAUUUUCGCAGUAUUAUUCCAACCUCUGUGGAAUUAUAUAUUUGAAACACAGAGAAAUCACUUUUGACUGCACUGGGCCUUCAAUUAAAUAUUCUGUUGCAUGUCAUCAAAUCAGGAUAAGGAGAUCCUAUAGGACCUUUAGAUGUUUGCCAUGCAGUUCACGGUAGCUAGCAGAAUUUCAGAGGCAUAGAUGCAUAUUCUCCAGGAGCACUGUGCUUAUACAAAAACAUUUACGUUGAUCCUUUUUACACUUUGUUCCCAAUCACGUCACUCUUAAGUGAGGAUGACAUGUUUUUAGUCAGUAUGUUAUGACAUCACCCAAAACUGGUUGAAACAAUGUCAUUACAACCAGAAACUAGUUGAAAUUAAGUUAUGACAUUUCAACCAGUUCAGCACAUGAUGGUAGUUGUAACCCCACUAGAGGCUUAAGUCCCAUCUCUCACCAUUGACUCUCCUUUCUCUGGAUGUGUACUAGACUAGUUUUUACUGACCUUGUAACCGAUGACGAUGCACAGUCCUUUAUUUAAACUGGAUUUUAUAACGAGGUGUUCAACAUAUUGGCAAUAAAGAUUAUGAUUACAGCUUC